UUCCUGCCUGCUCACGGUGGUGCGCUGCCGCUGCUGCUGUUGUUGUUGCCUGGUGUCAACCUACGCCGCCGACAGAGGAAGACAUAUCCCUCCCUCCGCUCCGUCAGAGGGCCGCUUCCAAUUUGCCUUCACUUUCCUGCUCGCCGGCACCAUUGGCUUCCUCGCCGUGCCAGUCAACUCGCCUCCUUUUUCUUCCAGCCCCGAGUUGAGCAGCAACAGCUCGGAAACAUCUGGCCGCCGCAGAGUGCUAGACUCCCCGUCCCCCUCCGCCUGCCUGCUCGCCGCCUCGGCAGCCCUGUUAUGGAAAUUAGUCCAAAGUCGAUCUAGUUUGGGUGUCCGCGGAGGGAGAAAAGGGGAAAAAGGAGGAUUCUGACGGAGGAAGCAGGGAAAGACGUUGGACCUGGUUGUCUGUUAUGAGGACGGCAGGAUGGAGUUCCCAGACCACAGCAGACAUUUACUCCAGUGUCUGAGCGAGCAGCGGCACCAGGGCUUCCUGUGUGACUCCACGGUGCUGGUGGGCGAUGCCCAGUUCCGUGCACACCGUGCCGUGUUGGCCUCCUGCAGCAUGUACUUUCACCUUUUCUACAAGGACCAGCUGGACAAGAGAGAUGUGGUGCACCUCAACAGCGACAUUGUCACAGCCCCGGCCUUUUCCCUGCUCCUGGAGUUCAUGUACGAGGGCAAGCUGCAGUUCCAGGACCUUCCCGUAGAGGAUGUGCUGGCAGCGGCCAGCUACUUGCACAUGUAUGACAUAGUCAAGGUGUGUAAGAAGCGUUUGAAGCAGAAGGCCACAGCAGAGGCAGACAGCACGCGCAGAGAGGAUGAUGGCGGGUCCAGCUGCUCCGACAAGGCUGACAGUCUAUCAGACGGUUCUACAGGCCGGCCGGCUACAGCCGACCUGCUGCACAGUGACGAAGAGGAGGAGGGGAAGGCCGAGGGAGGACCUCUGUGGCUGAGGCUGCCGUCUGCAGACAGAUCAGGGACACCGGCCAUGGCUACGACCAGCCCAGGGCACGGCGAGGCGGAGACGCAGGGUGGGGAAGGCCUGGGGGAGGGAGGGAAGCUGCUCUCCCCGGCCGGCAGCCCCACCAGCUCCACUGGAUCUCUGUCCCAGAGGUCCCAGAGGUCUCACCGCUCCGUGAGCUCUCGUGGAGGGCACCGGGGCAGGAGGGUGUCCAGUGAUGCGGCCGACUGCGUCCUGGACCUGUCAGUCAAGCCGAUUGCCGGUAGCAACCACAGCAACCACCACCAGUCCUAUUUCAGUGGCGCAGCGACGCCAGACAGCCUCCAGAGCCCAUUGGCUGUGAGGGUGAAGGUGGAGAGGGGCGUGGCUUCAGACGAGGAAGAGGAACUGGGAGGUGGGGACUAUGACAUGGAGCACAGCGGCCUCACCAAGGCCACAGUUCCCAGCGCCAACGGGGGCCUGACCCACCACGGGGUCGGAGGGCCUCUGUCGGCCCAGCGGAGGCUCGGCCUGGAAGCUCACCUGUCGGCCCUGAGAGAGGCGUCUCUGGCCUCGGAGCUGGAGCGGGAGGAGAAGCCUCCGGCCUCAGCAGACGAUGAGGACAUACUGGGCAGUGAAAACGAGCGCGCCCAGGCCGAGGCGGCCAGCAUGGAUAGCUCUCUGCUGCCUUACGUCUCCAACAUGCUGUCAGCUCAGCACACCCAGAUCUUCAUGUGCCCGCUGUGUAACAAGGUUUUCCCUUCCCCUCACAUCCUCCAGCUUCACCUCAGCUCCCACUUCAGGGAGCAGGAGGGCAUCCGCUCCAAGCCCGCUGGAGACGUCAACGUGCCCACCUGCACCAUCUGCAGCAAGACCUUCUCCUGCAUGUACACGCUGAAACGCCAUGAGCGGACACACUCCGGUGAAAAACCCUACACCUGCACCACCUGCGGCAAGAGCUUCCAGUACUCACACAACCUCAGCCGCCACGCAGUGGUGCACACGCGUGAGAAGCCGCACGCUUGCAAGUGGUGCGAGCGGCGCUUCACGCAAUCCGGGGACCUCUACCGACACAUCCGCAAGUUCCAUUGCGAACUGGUCAACUCGCUGUCAGUGAAGAGCGAACCGCUGGCACUGCCCAAUGUCAGGGAUUGGGCGAUCGAGGACAGCUCCCAGGAACUGUGGAAGUAGAAACAGACUGCUGGGUUUGAUAAAGGGAAAGAGACGGAGAGUGAAAGAAGGGCAGAGGCAUGGUGAGGUGAAAGGGAGGAGGCAGAGUUUGAUAUUUGGUGUUUAAGUGAGUCAUGUUCUUGUUUGUUGCAACAUCUCAUUCAAUUGCACUUUACUAGCACAUGAAAAUGUUACUACUGAGUUUUUUUGUUGUUGCUAUUUGGGGUAAUUUUGUUUUAUUCUAUUUUAUUCUGAACUCUUAUUUUUAUUUGGCGUAACUUUUCUUCUGCCGGUGGUUUUGUUUGCGUCUGAGGACAUGGGUCCCAGUGAGGAUGUCUCGCCUUUUUGAAGAGUUUUCUCUCUGUUUGUGUUUCAUCCCAGACACAACACUCCGACGCUGGCCAGCAUAUCGGUCCCAUUUCCACAGACAAAAAAACACCACUGCAGGAGUUCAGGUCGAACACACUGAAGUGAAAAAGCAUUACAAUACACUAAACGGGUACUGUGAUCACCGCAAGUCGACGCCACCGCACACACCGUUUGAAGAAGUGUGUGUGUGCGUGUGUGUGUGUGAUACUGCACUACUCUGGCAAAAAUUUCACCUAAUGUGCGUGAGUGUGUAUGAGUGUGUUUUGUGUGUAUUAAUUUUAUUUUCUACUGGCAUGGAGGUGUCGUUGGCGAAGCGCUCCCCGCUUCUCUUGUUAAGCUCUUUGGUGUUGUGUGUUGAGGGCAAAGCUGACUGACUGACAGACAAACUGAUGGCACUCAUGCAAUGCACAGCCUCCUUUUUUCACUUCCAAUCAAUCUGAAGUAUUUUCUAAAAAUGAAAAGACCUUUACAAAUGAUAACUAUUAUUGUUAUUGAUAGAAUUUUUUCUUAAAUCUAGCUGGCAGUCUUUAAAACAUCUCUUGUUGAAAAGGUAUUUAAUUUAAGGUUGUUGUAUAUUGUUCUGCUAUAGUUUUAAAACUUUAAUCCUUUACAAUUUUUUUAACUUAAUGAUUAUUAUUAUUAUUAUUAUUUUGUUACUUUUUUUUGUAAUGGGACCUGCUGUUGUUGCAUGACGUCCAAACUUGUAUAUUUUAAAAUAAAAAUGUGAAUUUGCUGUAUUACUGUACACAUUGUAAUUGAUCAAAUAUUUGACAACGGGCUUUCCUUUUUCUUUUCUUUGUGAAUACUACUCCAGGGUGCGAUCUGUUAAAAACUGAAUAUUAUUCUCACGACUAUGGAAAAAAAAUGCAUGAAAUUUUGAUUUUGUCUUAAACCUUUAAGUUGUGGUUUUUGCAUCAGGGGGGAAAUGUUUGAACAGUACACUUUUGACAGUGAAAAGUUGGAAUUUUUUUUUCUACUCGUCGUAGGUCUGUCGCUGGGCUCCUAGAAGAAUGUUACCGAAUGUGUUUCCGUCGGAUGUUGAAGCGAUACGAUGAAGCAUUUUAAGCCUGUGUUUAUAUGCACUGAUCUCUCUGCUGCGCGUGUGUGUGUGUGUUUGUGUGUGUGUUUAUGAGCGUGUGACUCGGUUCAUACCAGUCAGUUUAAAACCUACUGAAGAUCUACGUCCACCCAGCACUUCCUCCUCCUCCUCCUGCUCCUCCUCAGGCGUUUAAUGUCUCCACCGCUUCACGUUUGUUUUCCCAUCUCUCUCUCUCCCUCUCAUGUCCGUCCUCUCCGGUUCUGAACGCCGUGGAGCCAUUUCUUUUCUUAUUCCUGCAGAUCUGGGCUCUCGUUUCAGGUCUGUGGAGUGCAGUUUUGUGGCUUGGCUGAAGUGUGAAGGAUAGAGGGAGAGCGGCUGAACCUGAGCUCUCCUGCUGGAAGUUGAAGGGUCAGAUAUCUUUGUCACACUGUUGCUUCGUGCCGAACGGGGCCGACAGCUCAGAGCAGCGAGCGCAUUUCACAUUAGAUGCAGUGAAUGUCACAAGAUGUCUGCGUUUUCUCCUCUUAAUCCUUACUUUGAGACAGAUGGGAGAGAAUUGGCAUGCACCUUUUUAAGCUAAAAAGACAUGAAAUCAGAUUUUUGCUGAAAAAGAUGCCUUUAUUUAAAAAACAAACAAACAAACCCCGAAACAUUUCCGAUGCUGUGGGAGUAUUUAAUACUGUAGAGCGUUGAGAAAUGGUUGAAAAUCACGUGUAAAUUCAUGGAAUUUAUUGAAUUUAUCAUUAAAAAAAAUGAUGUCUUAUUAUUAUAUUUUGAUCAUGUGAUUGAAAAACUCUCUUUUUUCUAUGUGAAUGUUGUGUUUGGGUUGGGGCUACAUCAGUUUAUUUUUAACUUCCGUAUCUCGAGAUUUUUAAGAAUAACAGUCAAGCGUUUGAACAAUCCAGAAAGAAACAAUUGACGGAGAUACCGACGUUUCCCCCCCCCAUCGCUGUGUCUGUUUGCCCCCGCUGGUGUGCAUGUGGUGGGCGGGGUGCUCGUAUGUGCCGCCAUGUCAUCUGGUGGCACCUACAGGCUCUGCCAAUGCAACAGUGUGGGUGACAUUGCGGCAGUUUGCACCACAUCGUCUCGUUUUUUUUUUGGUUUUUUUGUCUCUUAUUUCUUCACUGGCAGCGUCUCUGCAUAUGGGCUCCCUCUAUCCUGCUGUUGUUUUCAUCAUUUACUGCUGUUUUCUCGUUCCGUUCUGUCCCUCUGGUUGUACUUGACCGCCUUAAACUGCUGUAGUCCGGGCUGUUUUUUUUCUUUUCUUUUUUUUUGUUAAUUUAAUCUUAUUUUUUUAAAAAGUGUGAGCGCGGGGUGGAGUUGCGGGAGUGAUGUCAACCGCUCUGUGAAGUAAAACACCCCGGCAAGACAUCUCCCAUCUUUUUUUUUUUUUUUUUUGCUGUGCUUACUUGAAAACAAAAAGGGGGGAGAUUUUUUUAAAAGCAAGGUAUAAAAAUAGACAAAAAAAACACACAAAAAAAAAAUCAAAUGUCAUAGACAGUUUAUGAAAAGACAGGUGAGGGGUUGGAGGGUGGGUUUGGGUGGGAGGGCAUGAAAUAAAGACUGAAAAAGGACAAUCACUGUCUGGGGAAAAACAAACAAAAAAAACAAGCAGAUUUUGAUUGAGAUAUAUUUGCUCCCUUUUGAGAUUACAAAUUUUCUUUUGCUUUUCUUUUACGUUCCCUUUUCGGAUUUAGUCAUUUUAGCUUUGACAAUCAUAGUUGGGUUGAUUUUAUUUUAUUUUUCUCAAGGGGAGUAAAUUCUAAUUGUGUUUAGUUUUGUAAUUUUUUGGCGUGCUGUUGUUGACAUUUUUAAAUUGUGUGCAAACUGCAAUAAAUUAUAAGAAUCUUGAAAUUCAA